GACGAUGAUGUUGUCAUUACGAGAAGUUCCGGUGGACAAGAAGGAUCUCCGGAUCGUCAUGAACUUGUGAAACCCCCUCAAUUGGAAAAGAUGGGAUCGUUUUCGGCGAAGUUUAGCUUUAAGUGUGUAAUGUCUUAUCCAUGGAAGUUCCGGGAUUCGUUUAAGAGAAUUGGAAGGAGCAAGAGCAUGCAAUCAGUUCUAGAAGGGCAGCAUGAUCUAAACGACGAACAACUCGUUGAAUCUUUACGUGAAUUGCUCAAAUCUGAGGGUCAGCUGCUGUCGAAACACAGUGAUUAUCAUACGCUUUUAAGAUUUCUACGAAUGAAGGGUCUUGAUUUGAUCAAAACGAAAGAAGCCUAUGUAAACAUGCUCAGGUGGCGUAACGAUUUCGGGGUUGAUGCAAUUCCCAAGGAAUUUAGGUUUGAGGAGUAUGAAGAGGUAAAGAAAUGCUACCCUCAUGGAUUUCAUGGAGUUGAUAAAUCUGGUAGACCAGUAUACAUUGAAAGGAUAGGGAUUAUUGAUCUGAAUGCUCUUCUGAAAGUAACUACACUUGACCGUUUGCUGAAGCAUCAUGUUGAUGAACAAGAAAAAACACAGAAUUUGAGAUUCCCAGCUUGUUCCAUUGCAGCUAAGACACAUAUAGCAUCCACCACAACUAUCCUGGAUGUGCAGGGUGUAGGUAUGAAUAACUUCACAAAGCCUGUCAGAGAACUUUUUAUAGAAAUUCAAAAGAUUGACAGCAAUUACUACCCUGAGAUUCUACAUCGACUUUUUAUUGUCAAUGCUGGAUCUGGAUUUAGGGUACUGUGGAAAGCACUCAAAGCUUUUCUGGAUGUACGCACAGCUGAAAAAGUACAAGUUAUAGGAAGCAACUAUCAAAGUAACCUGGUUGAAGUUAUUGACCAGAGAAACUUGCCUAGUUUUCUAGGUGGAAAUUGCACAUGUUCUGAAUAUGGAGGGUGCCUAAUGAGUGAUAAAGGACCCUGGAACGAUCCUGAAAUUAAAAAACUUGUGCAGGUGGUUCCUGAUGUUGAAAUGGAAUACAGCAAAGAAACAAAUAAUGGUACAGAAUUGGAAGAGGCUUUGGGUAGUUCCGAAGUUAGUGGUGUCCACAACACACAUAAAAGCGAGCAACAUGGUCUAGAACCAAGCACGCCGAUUAGAAAUGUGAAUGAACCUGUAUCCCAUAAAAUUCUGGAAUUAGAAGAUGCAGUCAAGGACCUCAAGAUGUUUUUGGUAGGGUUAACCUCAAAACAGGAAGAGCUUGUGGGGCAGAUAGAAGAGCUGAAAAAAUUGACCUCAUUGGUAAUGUAUCUCAGUAUUUAAAUAAGUUAGUGUUCUGCUUGAAGCUAUAUGCCUAACUUCUUUAUUUUUGGAUUAUUUGUCAGAGAUGACCAUAGAAAAUGAAAGCAAUUUACAGAGGCUGAAGUGCAAUCCCAAGAUUGUUUUGCCUUUGGAAUAUGAACUCUAUCAGACAUUUUUACCUAGUUCAUAAACCAAUCUACUUGUCAUUUGGUUGACAAGACUCGAUUUUUCUUUGUAUAAUGGAGAACUAUGAAAGUUAUAUACUUCGAUUCACCAUGUCUGUACUUCUAAGUUGAACAUAGUUGAACUUUUAA